AAACACAGUUUCGUUCCAUUGGAUUUGUCUCUGGUGUUAACUACCUGAUCGUUUAAAAUGAAAUUUCUCGUGGUGAUGUUCUUAGCUGCGGCCUCGGCUGAUGUGCUUCGUCCAGCAACUAUCCUCAAACAAUCCCAGGAUAUUUCCGCCGACGGAUCCUACUCUUAUUCCUACGAGACAGAGAAUGGAAUAUAUCACUCUGAAAAUGGAGCUCCAGUAGCUACAGAUGCAAGAAGCGCACCUGUUAUCGUUACCAAUGGACAGUAUCAAUAUACGUCCCCCGAUGGUACACCAGUCAGAGUGACAUACGUUGCUGAUCAGAAUGGAUUCCAACCGCAGGGCGAGCAUAUUCCAGCUGUUCCCCUGUUAAUCCAAAGAGCCCUCGAAUAUAUCAGAACGCAUCCACAACCGGAACCGGAACAAUAAAAUCUUUGAAUUUACUUUAGUCUUUGACAUUCAUUUUCUUCGCAUUGCCAAGUGAAAUUAUAAUUUGUACAUAACAGACGUACGAUAAUAAACGUUUAUU